AUGCUGACGAAGCACUCUUUUCCCAUUUCUCUCUCUCUCUCUCUCUGUCGUUAUAUAGAGAUUUUCCAUUCUUCCACUUUGCAAUUUCAUCAGAGCACUAUGCUCAAUUUAUCUAAUAGUCUGGAACAAGACUUGAGUCAGGAGUUCUUCGUGACAGCAAAUCACACUCCUAUUGACGGAGCUCGCUCUGCGGGAGUGGUGUUAGCAACACGUCUUGUUCUCCUCUUUCUCUUGCUCGCACCUCACACCAGUACCUUUCAGUGGGCGUAUUCAUUUUCGUUCCACUUCCUCAUAUCAGCUCCUCAUGCUGCCACCACCCAGGGAAUAGUUGUUCCACCCGACCCAUGGAUGCCUGACACAAAACAGGCGUCUAUCGUCACCUUCAUUGUCAGUAGCAGUACCGGUCUUCUCACACCAGCCAUCCCUGCAAGGAUAACAAGUUUUCCUUGUCUUAUUAUUUCUGUCCACCCAUUGUCUACCUGUUUAUUUUUUCAGCUUAAGUCCUUUAACCAUCCUUCAGCGAACCGACCGUAUUUAGACAGAUGCGCGGCUCUCUUGUCCCAGAGGUCGGGCCUCAUCGUUACUACCGCCGGACAUACACGGGGCCCUCAUGCCGACCGACGACAGCACCAACAAAUAGCUCCGCUUCUCGUGACGCGCUAUCCGCACCUCAGUCUUCUCUCAAUCAAUCCCCUCUGUUCAUUCCCGGAUGGACUCCUAAAAAAGCCUUCGCCUUUGCGCGCCCCAUCAUCCUCAACCACACUCUUCUAUCGCGCUUCAGGGUCCCUUGCACCUCCCAGUCUCUGCUUAAGCUGGGAGAGAAGUAUCUCAUACUUUUCUUCCUACUCACUCCCUUCUUUUUCUUCUCAGGAGGAUUUGUGUCAGAACACGGAAUUCCUCACUCACGUUCUUCGCCUUUUUCGCAGUUCCGCGACGUCUAUGGGUCGGAGUCAAGACGUUUUGAAGAACCACCCACCCACUUCCAGCGACAGCGGUGUGCAGGCUAAACUGUCCGACACAUCGUCGAGGAUUUCUAUGUGCAGAUGA